UCUUUCUCUCUCUCACACACACACGCACACGCACAAUCACACACACAGAAGUAUGAAGAGAAAAAACGGCCGCAGACAACCCUCAAACGCCGACCUCGUUUUCUGCAAACGGCAGUGGCCUUGAGUUUUGAACCCUUUCGUAAAACUGCUCUGUCGUUUUAUCCUCGUCCUCAAGAUCAAGAACCACUCUCCCCAUCUUUCUCUACCCCAUCUUUCUACAAAGAGGUAGCCAUUUUUUCGAACACUUCAUCUGUUUCACUUAUUUUCAAAAUGGGCCGCGACGAGAGCAUGAAAAUGGAAAUCGAAAACCUCACCCGAGAGCGCGACGCCGCGAAGAAGGAGGCGCGAGCCCUGGAGCAGACCCUGGCCGCUAAGGAGCUCGAAAGAUUGAAUCUUGACGAGAAUCUGCGCAGAUGCCUGAGGAAAUGCGAGGAUCUUCAGGAGACUGUGGCUCGCCUGAUCGAGGAGAAUAAGGUUUCGAGCGACCGUGAAAAACGGGCCGUGGAGCGAUGCGAGAGAAUCACCGCCGAGAAUCAGAAAAUAGUUUCCGAAAGGAAUACCCUUUUUUCCGAGCUGAGUGCGAAAAUCAAAGAGCUCAAAGGUAAGAACUUGGAAGCCGAUUGUUUGGUGGGAGUUUACCAGGAGAAACGCAGGUGCUUGGAGAACGAUGCUGAGAAAAUGGGCCGAGAAAUCGAGAAGCUGAAGGGUGAAAUUCUUGAGGCGAAUAAGAGCAUGGAUAGCUUAAAGUCGAUGAAAAUGGAGUCGGAUAAGGCGGCCGAGCUUUACAAAAGCCGGCUCGAGAAUCUUUCUCCGAGAAUCAGUAGGAUUGAGGAGGAUAUAGCCGAUAUGCUGACGGUGAAAGUGGGUGAUCUUGCUGGUUUAUCGCAUAAUUUGGGCAGUUCCUUUGUCCAGGGUGAUGGGGGGAAUUUGAAUUUUCUGGAUUGUUGGGGCAAAUGUGAUAUUUCUGGGAAUGGCAGCACGCCGGAGGAUGCCGAAGCUGUUGUUUUGUCGCGUGGGGCCCACUCGGCUUCGAAUUAUAGUGGAGUGUCGUCGAAAAAGGAAGGUGAUAGAAACUCUGUUCAACCAUCAUCGAGAGAGAAUGAUGCACAUGCUGUGAAAGAGUCUUGUGGUCCACAAUCAAAUCGAAAUCCUCCUCAUGCAGAAGCUUCAAAUGCUGUUAACAGAAUCGAUAGUGAUGAUGAAGCGAACGUUGGUCAAGCAUCCCAAUUUUCAAAUAGAGGCGAAUUAAAUUCAACCAUAGAUAAAAAUUGCACGAAAGUUUUGGAGAGCCAAUCUUCUAUCAGCAAGAGAAGCAAGCGAAAUCAAACAGAUUGCACGGAUGAUCUAAUUGCAAGUUGGUCUACUAAAAAGAAAAGGAACAAAUGGACAGGCAACAACGGGGAUAAUGUCUCAAUUCACGAGAAGGAAAAAGAAGUUUCCGGAUUGACUAAUGAUAAAUCGAGCAGAAAAUGGACGUGCGAAGCCGAUAUGUUACGAGCCUUUCGAGAGGACGAACAGCUCUGCAUGAAUGCUGUGUGUGCCCUUUAUAGACAACAAGCAAAAUCUAAAGGAUAUUCGAAUUCAUCUGGAAGUGGAGUAUUCAGCCCUGUUGAUUUAUUCAGUGGAACUUUUCUGGCUGAGUAUUUCCUUGAUGGCGAUAAGGAGCUGAAGCUAAAGAAAUCGGCCUCGGAAGUGAAAAAACUACGUCCUCAGGCAAUCGAGCAAUGCAGAAAGCUCGCCACUAUAUAUGUCGAUAAGCUCUUCGCUAUUUAUUGCUCGGGGGAGGAUCCUCUUUUUGGCCAGUGAUCAUAACAAUUAACAACCAAAAAGAAAAAAACUUGUAAGAUAUUUGCUCUACAACUUAAGGUAUAAAUUUGGUUAUUUUUUGUCUGGCUUAGCCUUUCACCUCCUAUUAUAAUGUUACUUGAGGAUGGGUUAAUUUUCAAGCAAGAUUGAAGUCGGUUCAACUAAACUUCAAUCGCGCUACAAACUAUUUUUCAGUUGUAUUCCAAACAAUUUUCGAUUUGUGCUUGAAAAAUGUGGGUAAUAUAGUGACUGGUGUGUGGCUGAAUCAAAUGAAGGGAAUAUUAUGCAAAUCAAAUGAGUUUGAG